GGCAUCAGGCAGUAUCAUCGCGACCUGCGCACGCGCCGACAUCGCCUGAAAAACGACUCUGAACGAUCCCGCUGCGAACAUUGUCUUAUUAGAUCCCACUUGAAAUAAAAACGAGACCAGCGUUGAGCUUCGGUCUUCUGUAACCAGAAAGACGCCAGGAAAAGUGUCUUUUAAGGGCAAAACCCAAUUCGAGGAUGGAAUCACAUGAAAAAAACGCUACCUCGGGUCACAACGACCUGAGACCUGAAAAUAUUGAAAUGGGCGCAAGAAAUGGAAAUGGCACGGCGGCUAGGAAAGUCAAAGACAUAGAUGAUCUGUUCCCGUACAUCGGGGACUUUGGCUGGUACCAGCGCAUCCUGUUCCUCUUGAUGAUACCCUUCUCAUUCUUCUUCGCGUUUGUAUACUUCGGACAGAUCUUCAUGACUGUGGUUCCAUCCGAGCAUUGGUGUUUUGUGAAAGAGCUGGCGAAUUUGACGGUGGAAGACAGGCGUCGCUUAUCAGUUCCCUUCAACAACGGGAGCUACGAGAAGUGUUUCGUGUAUGACGUGGAUUGGCAGAAAGUUCUGGAGGCCGGGAACGUAACAGCUGACCCGGCGUGGCCCAUCAAGAAAUGUGUGGACCAGUGGGAGUUUAAUUACACCGAUGUGCCAUACAAGACCAUAGCUUCGGAGCUGGGUUGGGUGUGCGAUAGAGACAACUACGGUGCCACUGCUCAAUCAAUAUUCUUCUGUGGAGCUAUCGUUGGUGGACUGAUAUUUGGAUGGAUUGCUGAUAAAUAUGGCAGAAUACCAGCUAUUGUUGGGACCAACAUGAUUGGUUUUAUAGCGGGAGUCGGAACAGCAUUUGCAAACAGUUUCUGGUCAUUCUGCCUCUGCAGAUUUCUGGUUGGAUUGUCGUACGACAACUGCUUCGUUAUAAUGUAUAUCGUUGUGGUAGAGUACAUUGGACCAAAAUGGCGGACGUUCGUAGCGAACUUUUCUAUAGCGGUCUACUUUACGUUUGCCGGCUGCAUACUGCCCUGGAUCGCGGUAGGCGUGGCCGACUGGAAGAUCUACUCCCUCAUCAUCAGCGUACCUUUGGUGAUGUCAAUCAUAACGCCGUGCGUGGUUCCAGAGAGUGCGAGAUGGCUAAUAUCGCAAGGACGUAUUGAGGAAGCUUUGAAGAUUUUGAAGAGAUGUGAAAGGAUUAAUGGCAAUAAAAUACCUGACGAAAUUAUUGCAGAAUUUAAGGAAACCGCAACGAUAAUUGCGAAAGAAGAGCAAGAGAAUAAAAACUACUCCAUCCUGGAUCUGUUCAGGACUCCUCGUCUGAGGAAGAACAGUAUUCUUCUCUUGGUGAUAUGGAUGGCAAUCGCUAUGGUAUUCGAUGGUCACGUGAGGAACGUCGGUUCUCUGGGUCUGGAUAUGUUUCUCACGUUUACCGUGGCGACGGCUUCCGAGUUCCCCGCUGAUAUUCUUCUGAUUCUGACUUUGGAUGUGCUCGGUCGUCGCUGGCUAGCGUUUGGUUCUAUGGUCAUCAGUGGCCUCUUCAGUCUACUGGCUACAACUGUGCCAUAUGGUAUACCAUCAGCAACUUUAGCUAUCGUGGGCCGUUUUGCUGUAAACAUCUCAUACAACAUCGGCAUACAGUUCGCGGCGGAGCUGCUGCCGACCGUAGUGAGGGCGCAGGGUUUGGCCCUGAUCCACAUCGUCGGCUACAUAGCGACUAUACUCGUGCCUUACAUUGUCUAUAUGGCCACCAUAGCAAUCGAGAUCCCGCUAAUAAUUCUGGGUGCUCUGGGCAUCCUGGGCGGGUGCUGCUGCUUGUUCCUGCCGGAGUCGCUGGGCAAGGACAUGCCGCAGACCAUCCAGGACGGCGAGGACUAUGGCCGGGACCAGAAGUUCUGGAAUAUGCCCUGCUGCUCCAAGAAAAUUUCAGAUAAGCAGCACACAUCCAGACUGUAAUAGCAGCACGCGAUCUUCUAGAAUUCAGAAGUGUUAUGUACUUAACCAAUUAUUUUAUUUUGUGUCUAUAGUUAAAAAUAAAAUAUUUGAAA